AUGGGGUUCAUUAAGGCUGACCUCAUGGACCAAGCAACCACCUCUCAAGCUGUCUGUCAGGGCACCAAGCACAAGAGGGACUGCUUGGAGUUGGCCUACAGCAAGAAGGUUGACCAAGCCUUCGUUGAGUGGGAGAAGAAGGAAUUGAACAUUGGGACCAAUGCUACACCAAGCAGCUUCCUCUCGCUCUUGGCCUCCACCAAUGCUUCAUCAUCCUCCCCAGCUAACAAGGAGUUUGGCAUGCCAACUCCCUCCAGCAGUACAACCAUGUGUCAUGGACAUGCUGAAAGCGCAAGUUUGGUUGUGUUGGGUCCACCCAGGAUGCCCAUGCCCUUGGGCUUGCCCUUUAGCCCUACUGUCCCUCCUUCCACCCAGCCCAUGAGCACGCUGAUGGCCACCUUGACUGUCAGCUCCCCCUUGCACAUCUUUGACGCUGCUGGAACAAGCCACAUGGUGCAUACCAUUGGAUGUGGCAAGGUCCUCACCCCAGCCCCCACCAAGUCCUUCUCCAGGCUUGCUACUCCCACAUGCACGACUUGCCCUACAACACCCAUGCCACCUGUGAGAACUUCUUCCAUGGUGUUGGAGAAGAAUGUGCUUGUCAAGUUGAAUACAACUUGCAUGUCUUGUACUUCUUCAAUCAUCCUGGUACUUGGAUGGACAGUGUGAGCAACUUCAUCCCCUCGACCUACUGGAAGGACAUCCACCCAGUCAUGAAUGAGGAUCACCUCCUCAACAUUUGUAACAGCACCUUCUGAGACAAGGAUAAGGACAAGGCUCAGAUGGGCAACAGGAAGGGUGGGUGGGCAAGUUUCUCUUUUUCAUACACAUGGUUCAAGUUUCCCCACAUGGCCUGGGCAUGCAGGAUGCCUCACAUGGCCUGAGCAUGGGGGAGGUCUUGUAGUUUACAAAAAAGCACUUGUUUUCUGUUCACUCAUGUACAAUGCUUGCUACAAGUUCUUGUAGUACAGAAUGAAUAUGGAAGCA